AUGGCGGCCUACGACCCUCGCGUAAACCUCGGAAGCACCACUCCUCAAAACCCUCCUCCCCCUCCUCCCCCACCACCCGAAUCCGCACUCUCAGAGAUGCCUUCCACCACCGACGGGGCCAUGGAGACGGCCACGGCAGACGCCGUCGCCGUCACUGGAGACAAUUCCGAGCAACCCCCCGACCCAUGGAAGCUCAAGUUCUGCACAGUCUGUGCCUCCAACAACAACCGCUCCAUGGAGGCUCACCUACGACUAUCCACCGCACCAACCGCGUUUCCCGUGAUAUCCUUCGGCACGGGCUCGCUAGUCCGUCUCCCGGGCCCAUCGAUCACGCAACCAAACGUGUACAGCUUCAACGUCACCUCCUACAACCAGAUGUACGAGGAACUGGAGGAAAAAGACCCCCGACUAUACCGCAACAACGGAAUCCUGAAUAUGCUGGACCGCAACCGCAAUCUGAAAUGGGGCCCGGAGCGGUUCCAGGAUUGGGUUCCCGGGCAGCCGCGUCUCGAGCAUAUUUCCAAGGGCGAUAAGGGCGCGCUGGGGACGGAGGGUGGCGUUGUCGAUGUGAUUAUCACUUGUGAAGAGCGAUGCUGGGAUGCCGUGGUGGACGAUCUGAUGAAUAAGGGUAAUAACUUGAAUCGUCCCGUUCACGUCUUCAAUGUCGAUAUCAAGGAUAACCACGAGGAAGCCCUGGUCGGUGGAAAUGCCAUUCUGGAUUUGGCGAACCGCUUGAACGAGUCUGCCCUCGCGCAGCGGAAAUUGCAUGGUUCUGCCGGGUGGGAGAACGGGUCUGGUGCUGCUCGCUUGAGCUUUGAUGAGAGUGUUCCGGAGAUACUGGCGGAGUGGCAGGAGAAGCAUCCCAAUCUGCCGGCCUUGUGGACUCUGGCCUGGCUGUAG